AUGUAUAGUCUUGCGCAACGUGCUAAUGCGUUAUUAGCUUUUUCUACGACCGUGAUAUUUGGUUUACUUGGAGCCGUAGCAUUCGUUACACUUUUCAUACCUUCUUCUCCCACGGCCAAGAUCGAUAUUAAGGAGCUGCAAGUUUGGAUAUACGACUAUGCCCAAAGCCAUGCCCAUAGCCAGAGUGAAUUCGCGUUCGUAGACUUGAAAGUUGAUGCUGUUGCAAAUUUUUGGAUUAAAUUUUUCCAAGACCUGACUUCAUUGUUUAAUUGGAACACGAAACAACUAUUCGUCUCAGUCGUUGCAGAGUACGAGACGGAGACACACAGUCUUAACCAAGUUGUUUUAUGGGAUACAAUCAUUCAAUCAAAAGAAGAUGCCCAUAUCAAAGCAGACAUGCAUAACGAGUAUAACUUUGUGGAUAUUACGACUAGUUUUGGUUUGAUAGAGGUGGAGACGAGGAACAAGGUUUCCAUGAGCGAGGUGAUUAAAGCCGUAUUGCUGCAGCAAUUCCUGCAAACUUUGCUGGGUUUGCUGGUGUUGAUCGCCGAGGAGGAAGACAUUCUGCCUGACGACAGAGUCGAAAUGUUUCACAUCGGUCAAAUGCUGAAAACGUGUGCCACGAGACUUUACGUGUGGCAACCAAUCGAACCAUACCAGGACGUUAUCAUUGAAGCUACCUAUUGGUAUAUCAUACCCAUUUUGAAAUUUGUGUUAGCAAUAGGAUAUUUGGAAACAAUAGCGCUUAGUAAGAAUUUCCAAAUUUUAAUGACUCCUCUUCGAUUCUUAUUGGCCAAUCAUCCAUUUUUCACCGUUUGGGAUCGUAUCCUUGGAACUUACAUGGCUGUAUCUCAAAAAUCAAGAGAGAUCAAAAAAGAUCGCACCACAACCAUCAACCGCCUCUCACUGAAGGCCAACGCCGGCGAUGAUUAUGACACGCAAGCCAUUAAGAAGGCAGAAACCAUUAACUCCGAAGUUUCAACGCCCGGAAGGUACAACCUAAGAUCAAGAAAGAACAUAGCCUGA